AAAAUACUAAAUUGAUAUUAUAACAAUCUGUUUGGUCUGACUGAGUGAGUGUGCGUGUGUAUAUGGGUGUGUGGAUCUCCAUUAUGAAGGUCACUUGGAGAACCUUCCCGAAACUAUUUAUAGUGCUACCUGUGCUGCAUUAUGCACUAUCCGUCUAUACAAAUGCCGAAUCUGAGGAGCACAAACGUAAAAAAGAAUUGGAACAAACCAAGGAAGUUCACUUGAUAGAGCAGUCUGGUCAAAAGCAGAAGUAGCUUUUAAAAUGGAGCAGCCUGUAUAAAUUUAUUGCAAAUUCUGUUCCUUUUUUUUAUUUAUAUUGAGGAAGUAAAUGUGCACAAAUUACCCCUCGGC